AUGCAUCUUUUUGGAACUUUCCUUCUGGUCAUCUGCGCUGUUUUCGUGAUCCAAGCUUGCAGUCCAUUAACAACACGUAUAGGACCUCCAGGACCUCCAGGCCCUCCAGGGCGAGAUGGACGAAAGGGAAGUCCAGGUGAUCGAGGACAACGAGGACAUGAAGGAGAGAUAGGAGAAAGUGGACCAGUAGGAAAGCGUGGAAUUCAAGGUCCUCCAGGCCCGCCAGGAGAUGUAGGAGAGAAAGGGGAAAAAGGAAGAGUUGGAAAGCAAGGUCAGAGGGGAGCAAAUGCAGGAAGAUAG